CCUCCCGCGCGACGCCGGGGGCGGAGCCAUCGCCACGUCGGUGCGGGGUGCCGGGGAAGAUGGCGGCCGCCGGCGAGCGGGGCGUCUCGGCGGGCCGCGCUCUUUGCCUGCUGCUGCUCUGCGGUUGGGCCCUGGCGGCCCGCGGGCAGGAGGCCUCCGACUCUGUGAAAGUGGAGAUGCUUCAGAAAAAUAUUUCUUCUAAGAGUGAGAAUGACACACUAAACAGAUCCCGAAAUUUGACAGAUGGCUUGCAGAGCAUAACCUCACCAAAAAAAGAUGUGAGCCCAAUAACAGCUAAAAUCAGUUCCCUGACCACAGUAAAACCAUCUACAGCAGGAGCUGGUUCUCUGCCAUACGUUCCCUCUCACGUGGUGACUGCUAAUCCUGUAUCUCAAAUGGAUGUUGAUGCUUCUGAAGAUACUAGAAUUGAGGAAGAAGAUCUUCUAACAGAUGUGAAAGACACACUAAAUAGUUCACCACCCAUCAUAAAAGAAACUAUGGAGUCAGAUGGAAUAGAUGACUAUCCUACUUAUGAAAUGACACCAAAUGCCAGAUACAACCCAGACCUAGAGCUGCCAGAAGACGAUGAUUCUGACACCAUUAGUAAUUACAAUGAGGAGAUAAAGACCCUUGAUGAGAAGAUAAAAGAUGUAUCUGUCACAGGGUUGGAAGAAGAAGACACCCAUUUCUUUUUUCACCUGGUUGUAGUUGCCUUCUUAGUAGCUGUUGUUUAUGUCACCUAUCACAAUAAGAGGAAGAUCUUCUUGUUGGUUCAGAGUCGAAGAUGGAGGGAUGGCCUGUGCUCUAGGACAGUAGAAUAUCAUCGUUUGGAUCAAAAUGUUAAUGAAGCAAUGCCUUCCCUGAAAAUAACAAACGACUAUGUAUUUUGAAAGCACUGUGAUUUGAGUUUGCUGAACUUAACACUCUUUGCCUGCCUAGUCAUGUAAUGAUAUUCAGGUAUUCUAAAUAUGCUGCUUGUACCAAAAUGAGAUUUACUCUCUUUGACCUGGGUGAUUUUGAGAUUAAAUCUUGUGCAAGAUCAAGGGCAUGAUACAUCUGUUUGCUACUUUGUUCAGGUUUUAUAUCAACUAUACAGAGUUAAAUAAUUAGUGCUCUUUCCAUUCAUUAAGCAUCAUCCCUUCUAUCUGGAGCAGUCUUAAUAGUGGUAAUACAAAAAUAAGCAUAAACUAUUUUAGGCCUAAUAAAUUAAUGACUUUGUCAUUACUAAAUCAAAUUAAUAAUCUCUUUGCUAAUCACUUUUAUCAUAAAUCCCUCUGUACUGCAAACUUAAAAUUACUUUUUUCUGUGUUUAAAUCCUGAUGCUGCAAACUUUCAUCUGAGUUUCUUGUUUUUUUUCUUUUUAAUUUGUUCUGUUUUCUUGUUCCAUAUCUCGAUCCUCUUCUAGGCAGAAGAGCUAGCAUGGCAACUUCAUAAUUUCUGGAUGUGUUCAUGCUGUAAAUAAUUUAAAAAUAAUUAUGUAUAAACCAUUUUAUUUCAGAAGUUAUAUGCCAAAUAUUUCUUUAAAAUAGUCAAGAUCUUUGUCAAGGUAUGCAGCUUAUUGACCGUUUUUUUUUCCUCUAACUGUAUUUAUGACUCUUUUAUUAUCUUUGUAAUUAAUGAAUGGAAAAUAAGCCUUGUAUAAUCUUACUAAUAUAGAUAGCUGACAGGCUUUCAAUAAAUUGAAGCUUUCUGUUGAAUUUUAGGACACUUGAGAAACAGUUAUGUGAUUUGCUGUAUUCUAAAUGGGAGAGGGCUGAGAAUGUAAGAAUAAUUUAUUUUGUUGUCAUUCUGACCCAGGUAACAGGCAGAUGAAAGUGACGGUGUGUGGGGCUGCCAGGCUGUGGUCAGCGCACUCUAAUCUUUGACAAACAUUUAUGCAUUCAUGUAAAUCAAGUUACUGGUACUGUAGGGUUUUUUUUAACGCUGUCCUUUGUACUUUCAUUAUUUAUGUUUUUAUGAGUUGUAAAAUAUAAAAUCUUAGUUUUCUGUACAUUCUGUUUGUGAUUUAGUUUUCAGACCGAUAAAUAUGUAAAUAACGGUGGAUCAGAACCCCAUAAUUAAUGACUUGGUAUUCAAGUAGUUACGUAACAUUUUGGAAAAAUCAGUUUUACUGCUGUUGGCCUGAGGAGUCUGGAGGCAUGACGCUACCUUACGAAUGGAGUGCUAAAAGUUCUAAAUCCUACUGUUAAAUGCAUUCUUUUUGUAACCACAAGCAGUAAAGCACAAACAAAAUAUCCCAAAACUCUUUUCUUGCAGUAAUUUUUAUGGUAUUUGGACUUGUAUCACUUAGUAUUUUGAAUAAGGUUUUUAAAAUAAAUGACAAUAAUAA